CAAAAUGGCUGGAUGACUUUUUCGACGGGUCUUCGAUGAUAUAGCAGAAAUAAAUACAGUGUCGCGGUACGGUGAAGUGAAGACGAGUCAAACAAAAUAAGAGAAAUAUAAAUUUUCAUUGGAAGUUGAUCGUUUUGGUCGGAUCGAUAUGACGGUUGCUAAUAAGAUGGACGUAGAUUUUCGGGGAGAGGGAUUUCGUUCGUACUAUAUCACCAAGAUCGAGGAGUUGCAACUAAUCGUUGCUGAGAAGAGUCAGAAUUUACGGCGUCUGCAGGCACAGAGAAAUGAAUUGAAUGCAAAAGUUCGGAUGUUGCGCGAGGAGCUUCAAUUGCUGCAAGAACAAGGCAGUUACGUUGGUGAAGUGGUCAAACCCAUGGAUAAAAAGAAGGUGCUAGUCAAAGUACAUCCGGAAGGGAAAUUUGUGGUUGACAUCGACAAGAACAUUGACAUCAACGACGUGACACCGAAUUGCCGUGUUGCUUUACGCAAUGAGAGCUACACUCUGCAUAAAAUAUUGCCGAACAAAGUCGAUCCGUUGGUAUCACUGAUGAUGGUCGAAAAAGUGCCCGACUCAACAUACGAAAUGGUCGGUGGAUUAGACAAGCAAAUAAAGGAGAUCAAGGAGGUGAUUGAAUUGCCUGUAAAGCAUCCGGAACUGUUCGAUGCAUUGGGUAUCGCUCAGCCGAAAGGUGUCUUGUUGUACGGUCCACCUGGAACCGGUAAAACUCUCUUAGCCCGAGCUGUUGCACAUCACACCGAAUGUACGUUCAUCCGUGUCUCCGGUUCGGAAUUGGUUCAAAAGUUUAUCGGUGAAGGAUCCCGUAUGGUCCGCGAAUUGUUCGUGAUGGCCCGGGAACAUGCUCCCUCAAUCAUUUUCAUGGACGAAAUCGAUUCCAUUGGCUCGUCUCGUAUUGAAUCGGGCAGCGGUGGUGAUUCUGAGGUGCAACGUACUAUGUUAGAAUUGCUGAAUCAAUUGGAUGGAUUCGAAGCGACCAAAAACAUCAAAGUCAUCAUGGCUACGAAUCGUAUCGAUAUAUUGGAUCCAGCUUUGCUUCGUCCCGGUCGUAUCGAUCGUAAAAUUGAAUUCCCGCCACCAAACGAAGAAGCUCGUCUCGAUAUCUUGAAAAUUCAUUCGCGCAAAAUGAAUCUGACGCGCGGAAUCAAUUUGCGAAAAAUUGCCGAACUUAUGCCGGGAGCGUCGGGCGCUGAGGUGAAAGGUGUGUGCACUGAAGCAGGAAUGUACGCAUUGCGAGAGCGACGUGUCCAUGUCACUCAGGAGGAUUUCGAAAUGGCUGUGGCUAAGGUUAUGCAAAAGGAUUCCGAGAAGAAUAUGUCAAUCAAGAAAUUGUGGAAAUAAUUGGAGUGGCAGGAAGUGCGGAUGAGCGGUGCCCAUCGAAUUUUUUUUUUGUCAAGGAAUUUUCGUUUUGAAUAAAAAUUUUGCUUAAUAAUAAAA